ACGAAAGAGACUACUUGUCGCAUCUUCACGGUAAGAGGCAUCACACCAAUUUGUAUGAUAUAGUCAACUUAGCAUAUCAAUUGAAUAUUAUGGAUAUUUGCUUUUUUCAUAUUCAGCUCAUUUUCAAGAGAAAAAGUUCAGAGAUGAAAUGAAAACAGAGGUAAGCAAAUGUUUUAUUACUUGGUGUCCUUAUGUAGCUUUUAAAUUUGGGUACUUUUGUGCAGAACACUUCAGAUAACGAUCUUUAUGAUUCAGAAUUUUCUGAACCUCCUCAUUUAAGUAAAUGGUUUCCGGACUAUGUCUAUGAAUCACCGAUGUUGGAUACAUGUUAUGGUUUUGAAUUCUCUGACCUUAAAGAAAGUGAAAGUAUAAAGGAUUUGGAAAUUAAGAAAGAGACACCAACAAAAAUCGAUGACUUAGUCUCUUCUAAGAUUGAUGAUAUGACUGACUCGCAAGCUGCAUAUUCAGAGUUGGUAGUUGAGGAUAGUGACAUAGACGAUGCCGUAAUAGACAAAAACCGUAGAAGUCUUUUUCGAAGAGUGGCUAAGCGAAAACCUACAAUACCAACCGUUGAAGAAGAGUUAACUUACUUGAAGAACCGAGUCAGUGAUCUAGAAGACAAAGUAAGCUAUUUGUAUGAUGUUAUUAGUCGUCUUAUUAUCUCCAAUGGCAACAAUGGUAAUUAGACGUAAGGAUAUUAGUUUAGGUAUUGGAUUCAUAUUUGAUUUAUGUAUGAAUUGGUGUUUGGUUCAAAAAUGAUGUUUGGUUUAUGA